GUUUAUAUAAAAUCCAAAAAAACUCUUAAAUUGCUCUUAUUUGAUUUAUUUACUUAACGAAUGACACACUUUUUAGUCUUCUCUUUUCAGUUUUAUGGUCAUCUCUCAGUACUAUGAAUUAAUUCACUUAGAAACAAAUAAAUAUCUAAUUAGAAUCUUUGAUCUCAUCUGAGAAAAGUUUUAUCUCAUAGUCUUGUAGAUCUCUAUCCAUGUAAAAAGGGUAUAAUCAUCAGAUUAAAAACAACGUCAUUCUAAGUUUUAUCUUGUCAUUAAUCGCCAUCUACACAUUGUAUUUUUAGUUCGACCAGAUAUAUCAUCAGGAUACAUUCAUUCUAUUGAUGUUUCACGACGGAUAGACUCUUUACAAACAUCUGAAUCGAUUGCUCAACAUGUAAAUGUUUUUGAACAAGAUCUUUGUCAAUUAAUUGGGCAAUUAAAGCAGUUUGUUUUUCUUGAUAUUCGUGGAGAAACUGAUCCUGAAAAAGUAAAACCUUAUCGUUCUAUGGUUCAAAGAUGUUUUCCUCAUAGCAAGAUUGACGUUGAAUUAAAAAGAUUUCGUCUUUGGAUAUAA